GGAAAUACUAAUGGAGUACUCACAUCAUGUGAAGAAAAUGGGGUGCACUUUGCUUGAGUUAAUGUCAGAGUCUCUUGGUCUAAAACCAAGCCAUCUCAAAGAAAUGGAAUGUUCAGAGGGUCUUAGCAUUUUGUGCAAUUACUACCCAGCAUGUCCACAGCCAGAACUAGCUAUAGGCGUCAGCAAACAUACAGACAAUGACUUCUUCACAAUCCUUUUGCAAGACGAUAUCGGAGGCCUCCAAGUUCUUCACCAGAAUCAGUGGGUUGAUGUUCCUCCUACACCUGGAGCUUUAGUGAUCAAUAUUGGCGACGUUCUCCAGCUCAUAACAAAUGACAAGUACAAAAGUGUAGAGCAUAGAGCAUUGUCAAAGAAAGUUGGUCCAAGAAUAUCUAUAGCAAGCUUCUUCAGCUCAGGGCCAUUGCCAUCUUCCAGACUGUAUGGACCAAUUGAGGAGCUGUUAUCAGAAGACAAUCCUCCAAAGUAUCGCGCAACUACAUUGAAGGAAUUCUUUGAUUAUUUCAAGCAGAAAGGGCUUGAUGGAACUUCCAAUCUGUCUCAUCUCACAAUCUAAACUUGGUUAUGGAGUUGAAAACUUAGGGGCCCUUUGGGGAGCUACAGUAAUUACAAGCUUAGCUAGCGCGAUUGUAAUGCAAGAAUGAUCUUUACCAUGGAUAAUAAAAAAUGAUUGUCUUGCAAAAUAAAAUUGUUAUGCAGUAAAUAAUAAUGAUAAAAGGUAUGCAGAGAUUACUUAUUUAUACGGCAUAUAUCUUUAUAUACUUUUUUUUUCCUUGUA